GAACUCAAGGCAAAGCGUAAAUCCUCUCCCUAUUUCUCUCCACAGCAAAACAAUUCUUCUGCUUUCUUUUUUCUCCUCUUUAUUCUUCUCCUUCUUCGUCCACUCCUCAGCAAUUCAACUCUCCCUCCAUGAAAGCUCGAGUCUUUUCUACAAGGUUUGCGUCUGUACGUGGGUUUUAACGUUCAAGUUAUUCUAUAGAGGUUAGCACAUAUUUUUCACCACUCAUUCUCUGCAUGUUUCUGCUCUCUUUUUGGACUGAAAUAUGUCUUAAUGUAGUCCUUUUAGCAUUCUUAAUUGUGUUUUAGCUCUUUAUUGCUUGAACGUAAUCGGUUUCCAUCAUAAUUUUUAGUAAACAAUUGGUGUCUUGUCUUCGUUGAUCUACUUUUACUUGAAUGCUGCAUGUUUCGAUGUGAUUCCGCUAUAGUUUCGUAUAUCCACAGCUACAAGGUAGUUGGGUUGGAUUAAAUUUUCAUUUUUUGUUGUUUCUAGUUUGUUUAAUCGGCACAUGAACAUGAAUCAUGCUUAGAUAUUUGUUCCGACAGGGUUCGGGUUCCUGUUCCUUUUGUUCAAACUUUUCUUGAUGGCUUUUUGUUGGUAAUUUGAUAGCAAUAGUGUAUUUGCAAUCUGUAUAUAGUUAUAUACCCCACAAGCUCAUAUGAUUUUUGGAUUAAGGGCUUGCUUUUAUUCUAUUUGGAAAAAUAUGUUGGAUUCUAUGUUCAUUAACCUGGGUUACUACAACUUAUUUGCUAUUAGUGAAGCUUACUUCUGCAUUAAUUGUAUCCUAGUUUUGCAUUCAGAAGCUCCCUUUUCUUUGCAAGGAGAGAGGCAAAUUGGUGCUCAAGGGUAGUGAUAUGCUGUGACAUUUUAAUCAAAAAAUCAUCGUCCACUUAAAUUUCUAUGUUAAGUUUCCCCUGAAGUUUGGCAGAUAGACACUAUUUAUUUGGAUAAUAAGAUGGGAGACAUAGAAGAUGAAUCUGCUGAGCAAUUACUUUCUUCAUGUACUUCUAUGGAUGACAUUGUCGGAGAUCAGCCAAUGCAUCCUUAUGUUGGAGACCAAUACCAAGCUGAAAUCCCACCACUAAUUGCAGAAUGCCAUCGUCUGGCACUUAUAAACAAACCAAUUUAUGCAGAAGUCCCAGAUUCUAUUUCAGUGGGAUUGCCAAUUCCUCUUAUGUGGUUGAAUUCUGAAGUGGAAAGAUCCUAUGGUGGGGUGGAAUUUGUAAACAGUGAAGAGAGCCGGCUUACCUCAAACAAUGAAUUUUCAGAACAUAAAGCUGAGGACCUGGAUUCAGAGUUGCAGAAUGAGAAAGACAUGAGAGGCUAUUCAAACAUUCAACCUACAGCUAGAGGUCACCAGAUGGAGAUUGAUUCUAUCUCAUCAAAAAGGGAGAAAACUAAACUAGAUGAUGUAGACAGAGGUCUCUGUCCUCUUCCUGGCUCUUUAGGUGAACCAUGGAAGGAUAGCGAACGUGACAUUUUUCUUCUUGGUCUAUACAUCUUUGGCAAGAAUCUUAUAUAUGUGCAAAAAUUUGUCGACACAAAAACAAUGGGGGAUGUAUUAUCUUUCUAUUAUGGAAAGUUUUACAGGUCUGAUGAGUAUCGUAGAUGGG